AUGGGAGACAUCCUGGCAACUGAAGCAGAUCUUCUUGGGAUGAUCACAGAGUAUCUUAAAUAUGAAGAUUUUGAAGAAACUGUUCACAGCUUUGUCAAAGAAUGCAAAUCAAAAGGGAAACUGGUCUCAAAGCCUCAAGGCAACUCACAGAGAGACUCCAAAAUGCGUGUAAUUCAGAGCGACCUCAUGUGUGCGUUUGAGGAUGGAGACCAUAAGGUGUUUUUUGAGCUGUGGACUAAACAUAUUGCUCCUGAGGUGAAGGACACAGAUGCUGAUGCUCAACGGCUUGAGUUUUACCUUUACAUCCACUUCACUAUUUACCCACUCAGGAACCACAGUCAUGGGCGAGGAGACUUUGAGGAUCGGAUAAACUUAUUUAAGCAGUACCUUGAGACUCGCGGAGCAGCACUGAGUGAAACGACAGAAUUCCUUCCUUACUACGCUUUGCCUUUUGUUCCAAAACCUACUGUACAUCCUUCUUUUAAAAAUCUCUUCCAAGAAUCCUGGAUUCCAAAGUUGCAGCAAAACCUCGAGCAAUUUCUGACAAUUGCAUUAAAGCCACCAAAUAGUCCACGGCUUCUAAGUUUAUAUAGGGAGGGUGGCAGAGAAACAAAAGACACUAUUCAGCAGCUGCAGAUCCAGUUGUCCGAGUCUGACCGACGCAUUGCGACUUAUAUGAAAAAGUUCAAUAAGAUUCAGGUGGAUUACCACAACCUGAUUGGAAUAACAGCUGAGCUCGUCGACUCAUUGGAGGCCACAGUCAGCGGAAAAAUGAUCUCCCCUGAGUACCUGCAGAGUGUGUGUGUUCGCCUCUUCAACAGUCAGAUGAGGCAGAGUGCGGCUCAGAGCACAGACUUCACUCGGCCUGGCACUGGAUAUUACUCAAUGAGUCCUUAUGAUGAUGGCUAUGCUUCUUCCAUCCUCAGAGCGUCUCUCGCGUCUCAACGGCCCAAGGAGGUUCUGAUGCUGCCGUCAUUGGACUAUGACAAACUGAAGAGAGACCUGAUGGAAGGAGCCGACCGGCUCCGGGCUCUGCUGCUACAGGCACUGCGCUGGAGACUCACUCGGUCGAUUCCGGGCGAGCAGAGAGACACUGUGCUUCAGGCUUACAUCAGAAAUGAUCUUCUCGACCGCUUCAGCAAUAAUCAGAAAACGGUUCUUUGUUUAAUGCGGAGUAAAAACAACAUCGUUCGUCAGUUCAUGGCUCGUCUCAUCAACGCCUUUGCUUCUCUGGCUGAAGGCCGAGCUUAUCUCUCUCAGAUCCCGAUUCUUCUGAAACUUAUGACGGAGACGAUCAAGACGGAAGCAAAAGACUCAGUGACGAGGGAAUAUCUUAUUUUUGCGUUACAGAAACUGAGUCUGAGGAGGAGUCUGCAGAGUGACAUGAUCGAGAUCGGUCUGAUUGGUUGGAUCAUGGAUGAGCUGCAGGACAAUGACUGUCUCAGUGAUUAUACUCUGGAAUACUACGCUGCUCUACUCAUGAACCUCUGUCUGCGAACUAAAGGAAAAAGGAAGUGUGCUGAUAAAGCCAAACAUGUGCUCAAAGUCCUCACUGAUCUUCUGGGACACGAGAAACACGAGAUCCGACCGUACAUAAACGGAGCCUUGUACAGCAUUCUGUCCAUACCCUCUGUGCGACAAGAGGCCAAAGAGAUGAGUGUGGACGAGAUUCUCUUUUGUUUCUGCAAAGAGGGCGAUACGAACCUAAAUCGUCAAAUUGAGUUCAUCAUCAAACAAAUUAAUUCAACUCAAGACGAAGGACCGGAGUCUGACGACGAGGACGAAGAAGACGAUAAUGACGAGGAUCUGACAGAGGCUGAUCUGGAAGAGGAAGCGAUCCAGCCAAAGCCGGGGGAGCUGUGUGGGGAGAGUCUCCUCACCACAGAGUACUUAGGGAUCAUGACCAACUUGGCAAAAGCAAAAAAGACGUCUCCAAAUCCACAGUCUGGGGACAAUGAACCUCUUCAGCGCCCGGUCACUCCAAGACUGCACAAACAUUCGAACUCCAGGGAUUCUAGGGGUGAAGUCUGUCACGGCGUCUCUCCUUCUCCGAUCGACUCUCCACCUCCCAGUCGCCCCGAGACCGCAGACUCUUUACAUCAGAGUACCGAUACUGAGAGUGUGAGAUUUUCCCAAGAUAUCGAUCUGGAUACUCUGUUUGAAGGUCGAGCCCCCAGAGGAGGACUGCGACAGAAUGACUCUUCUCAGAGCGAGUAUAUUCCAGGAUUCACGAUUCUCCCAUUGCGAGCCGCAGCCGAGCAGCAGAUCUGGCUCCGUCGCCUCCCGUGGAGAGACACCUGCCAAAUGUGGAAAUGGUCAGUCCAAGAGGAGGUGAAGACCCCUGUCAACAAGCAGCACCGCUAUCUCCCCGACAUAAGGACUUCCUGUAACCUCAUCCCCGUCCAGCGUCAGAGCGGGACAGAGACGGUCCGGGACCAGAGGGGGAUGGGACCUCCACAAUGCAAAGGAUUGUGGGAGGUUUGUCCACCCGCUCUGCAGCAGCGUCGUAUCGUACUAUAA